UCAGAGCUGCAGAGGGGCCACAGUUGCUUCAGUUUCUCUGGCAGCACUGCGUCAGAAGUCCAAGGUUCUUUUUUUUUUUUUUUUAAGAUUUUAUUUAUUUAUGAGAGACACACAGAGAAAGGCAGAGAAACAGGCUCCAUCCUAGGAGCUCAACAUGGGACUCGAUCCCACGUCUCCAGGAUCAUGCCCUGGGCUGAAGGUGGUGCUAAACCGCUGAGCCACCAACGGCGCUGCCCAUAAGGUUCAUUUUUUUUUUUUUAAGAUUUUAUUUAUGAGAGACACAGAGACACAGGCAGAGAGAGAAGCAGGCUCCCCACAAAGAGCCCGAUGCGAGACUGGAUCCCAGAUCCCAGGAUCAGGACCUGAGCCAAAGGCGGACACCCAACAGCUGAGCCAUCCAGGCGUCCCUGAAGUCCAAGGUUCAAAGGGCUGUGGUGACUCACUUUGCACCUGGAAGGUGGAGACUGGGUGGAGGUUAGUGGGCGGAUCUGUGGCUGGAGGGAGAAUCCUCCAGCCCAGAGUCCAGCUCCAACAAGGUGAGAGAGAGGAGAGGUGGGAGGGAGCACCCAGACGCUGACUUGGGGGGACAGACAGACAUACAAAGCCCAAGAGAGACAGACACACAUGAAGGAGAAAGACAAAGAAGGGGCCAAUGGAGAAGAGGAAAAAGAAGAUAGACACAGGGUCAAUUACAGAUGGACCCAGAAAACACAAGUGACGGCGAUUCGGAGGCAGAGAGGCCAGCCCUCAGAGAACGAAGACAGACAGGACCCUGGGCUGGGACCAGAGAAAGCCUGGGUGGUGGGCAGGGUGCCCGUGUGGCCUCUCUGGACCAUCCUCCUGCUGAUACGGCCCUUGGGAAGCCUAGGAUCACCCCUCUGUCCUCGGGAGCCUUUCUACUUCUUAAUUGCCAUCAUGAAGAUGCUGGGAAACAAAAAUGAUGGCACUCUUUACACCCCAGAUGACCUUUCGGUGUGUCCUGCUGAGACUCUGGGGUGCUUCCGGCUGGAGCUGUCUGUGAUCCAGUUCGAAGAGGGCCCAUCCUUGGGGAUUGCGGUGUUCCGGCUACAGCGUCUGCUGGAUGCCCUGGGGUCUCGGCUGUGGGUGACUGGCCAAGGCCCUUGUCCACCCUGCGAAGGACAUCCUCAGAGACCUGUCCCUCUCUUUCUGUCGAAACUCUUAGAGUUAUUACAGGGGGCUUGUGCUCAGCACCUGCCCUCAGCAUGAGCCUGGGAAGACACAGACUCCCUGGUACUGCUGGAGAGGCUGGGUGGAGAGAGGGAGAGAGGACUUGGGUUUCUAGCCCCCCAGUUCCCAGUCCUAAGCCUUCUUCUAGGCCAGAGGACCCCAUCUGGAGCCCAAGGAGCCAAGGGGGAGAGGAGAGAAGGAAAAUAAGAUCUGAAACCUGAAGUCUCUGACCUCCUGGGAUGGGAGUGGGUAGAUAAAUCGGCUCUCACCUGCCUCUGCUCUCCCUCUCAGAUACUCCCUCCUCUCUCCUCUUCUGGGUAAGGACAGGAUUGCACAGAUGUCUUCUAACCUAAUCCCACCCCUAGAGGACAGACAGAGAGAGGCUUGUGCCUCAAGUCCCUGAAUACAAAUAAUUACCACCUGGAGAGCUUUGAAAUAAUACUGAUGGCAAGGCCCCAACCCAGAGAUUUUGAUAAUUGGUCUCUGGUGGAUCCUGAACAUCUAUAGUUUUAAAAUGAACUUCAUUGAGGUAUAGUUUAUGUACAGUAAAAAGCAUACAUUUCAAGUGGACAGUUCAUUGAGUUUGGACAAAUGUAUACACACAGCCACAUUUCUAUCACCCCAAAGCAUCCUUCAUGCCCCUUCCCAGUUAAUCUUCACCUCCAGUCGUAGACACCCACCAGUCUGCUUUCUCUCUGGAUUAAUUUUGCUUUCUCUAGGGUUUCAUAUGAAUGGAAUUGUACUAUGUAUAUAUAUAUUUACAUAUAUUCUAGUGUCUGGUUUCUUUCAUUCAGCAUGUUUUUGAGAUUCAUUCAUGUACCAACCAGCAGUUUGUUACUAUUCCAUCGUAUAGAUGCACCCCAAUUUGUUUAUCCACUCUCCUCAUGAUGGAUAUUGGGCUGUUUCCACUUUGGGGCUAUUGUGCAUCGCUCUCUUCUUCCAUCUUAUGUACCACUGGGGCUGAAGGUUGAGAACACCUGACACACAAAGGAAGAACUUUCUAUGGGGAGAAAAUUACUGUUUCCUGGAGUAAAUGUCUUUUUGCAGCAAGGUCAAUAAGCAUUUUAUAUGUAGAAUCCUAUUUUGAAGGGCUGCUGUUUAAAGGAACCGAGCUUGGGGGACAGUUGGGUGGCUCAGCGGUUGGGCAUCUGCCUUUGGCUCAGGGCGUGAUCCUGGGGUCCCCGGAUCAAGUCCCACAUACAGCUCCCUGCUGGAACCUGCUACUCCCUCUGCCUGUGUCUCUGUGUCUCUUGUGAAUGAAUAAAAUCUUAAAAUAAAAAUAAAUAAAUUAAUUAAUACAUAAAUAAAAAAAUAAGACCGAGCUUGGGAUGCUUGGGUGGCUCAGUGGUUGAAUUUCUGCCUUGGACUCAGGGUGUGAUCCUGGGGUACUAGGACGGAGUCCUACAUCAAGCUCCCUGUGGGUAGCCUGCUUCUCUCUCGGCCUAUGUCUCUGCCUCUCUCUGUGCCUCUCAUGAAUAAAUAUAUAUACAAAUAAAUAAAUCUUUAAAAAAUGAAUAAAGGUG